UGUCGAAACCGUAUGACUCACGUUUUUUUUUUAAAUUUCCUGUCCUUCCAGCAGUUCACAUCAGCAACUGAAUUGGACCUGUGUAAGGCAGCCCGUCCUUCAGGUGUUGUGGAGUGAAACAGUAUUAACUCUAAUAGAAGCUCCUGAGUUAGUUGAACUGUACACGUGUGGCGAGCCUGGCUGGAUACUCUUGUGUUCGAACAGUUUAAGUUCGCUGUAGUCCUGUGACCUCUGACCCUGACUUAAAGAAUUUUGAAAGCUACGUAUAAAAGAAUGUUGCAGACUCUGAGUGACUGGUUUUGGUGGGAUCACCUCUGGCUUCCCCGAAAUCUAACCUGGAACGAUCUAGAGGACAGAGAGGGCUUUGUGUAUGCCAAGGCCUCCCAUUUAUAUGUGACAGUCUUCUAUGCUGCUCUCCUGAUGAUAGUCCGGCACUUUUUUGAAAGGUAUAUUGCUACACCUCUUGCCAAAAUACUAGGGGUUAAGGAUCAAAUAAGAUUGAAGGUCACACACAAUGUGGUUUUAGAGAAUUUUUUUGUCUCCACAUCAAAGCAUCCAACAAGGUUACAGUUAGAAGGUUUGUCAAAGAAAUGCAGUUGGACAGUACGGAUGGUCGAGAGAUGGUUUAGAAGGCGGCGCAAUCAAGAAAGACCAAGUUUGAUGAAAAAGUUUCGAGAAGCUUGCUGGCGAUGUACAUUUUACCUCCUGGCAUUUAUUGGUGGUAUUGCUGUCCUGAUUGAUAAGCCAUGGUUUUACGACACAUGGGAGGUGUGGGUAGGAUAUCCUAAACAGACACUGUUACCAUCACAGUAUUGGUACUAUAUAACUGAGCUGAGUUUUUAUUGGUCACUAUUGUUCAGUAUUGCAUCAGAUGUAAAACGAAAGGAUUUUAAAGAACAAGUAAUUCAUCACUUAGCAACCAUCAUCCUGCUGAGCUUCUCGUGGUGUGCUAACUACAUCCGCGUGGGAACCCUGGUGAUGAUUGUCCAUGACUCAUCUGACAUUCUGCUGGAAUCUGCCAAGAUGCUUAACUAUGCCGGGUGGAAAACCGUUUGUAACUCUCUCUUCAUUGUCUUUGCUGUGGUAUUUAUAAUCACCAGGCUUGUCAUCUUCCCUUUCUGGAUCAUCCAUUGUACUUGGGUCUAUCCAGUUUAUCACUAUCCUCCAUUCUUUGGAUAUUAUUUCUUCAACGUCAUGCUGGCUGUCCUUCAACUGCUCCAUAUUUUCUGGGCAUACCUCAUCUUACAAAUGGUUGCAAAGUUCUUCUCCAGCAAAUUGGAUGGUGAUGAUCGCAGUGAUCAAGAGGAGUGUGAUGGGAGUGAUGAAGAUGACGAGGGCUUGAAGAAUGGUGCUGGCUCCAUAAAGAAUCUGGCUGUUAAUCGUCAUCACAGUCACUGACCCACAUCAUUCCGGUCAGCUCCUGUGACACAGUAAAGGGAAUGUGUGGAACUGGUAGCAGUGCCUGUGGAGCAAGUGUUGAUGAUAAGUGAGUCAUGUGCUGUUAUUGGACCUGGAUUGAAGUGAAUGUUGGCUGUAGUCACUCUUCUUUGUAGAAUUCUUCCUCUUCAGAGUUUCUUCAGGUACUUCAAGAAAUUGCACUGAAGAGAAAAUCACGAAGUAUUCAGCAUGGGUCAGUGAGCAAAAUGCAGAUAGCUGCUGUUUUUGAGCCAACACUGACCAACACACUGGCGGAACUUUUUUGAAAAUUCGGUCCAAGAGGUUCAGUUUGUUUUUAACACAAAAUGCACUGCACAAGGAAACUCGCAUGUCCAACACUCUCAGCUCCCAACACACUCAAUGAGCACUGAGUCACUAGGAGUCAUUAGCCUCGGCAAUCUUAAAUGAACCUACCAAUCAAAGCAGACUUAAUGAGAAGAAAAUCAAAUGGUCAAUGGUCCUUUUUAAUAAGACCUCUUCCAAUAUGCAUUUUGUUGAUCACCAUUGCUGCAAGAAUUCUGCAGAAUGUACGCAUAACUCUCCCAUGUGUACAUUAAUUUUAAUAUCAGAAUCUUCUCGUGUGAAGUCUGAACUAUUGUUUCAAACACAAAUAUCUAGGUUUAAAUUGAUCCAGGGAUAAUUUUUUAUGUUCUAACCAGGGCAGCAACAGCCUGGCUGUCUCAAAAUAUUGGUUGUACAACACUAUUCAUACGCCCUCUGCCUUUGGGGAGAUGGGAUUGAAAUCCAGAGAGAGAAUCUGCUCACCAGGCAGGCAGGACAGGCAGUUUGGCUCAUUAAGAGUUUUGUUACAGCUGACUGGGGUUGACUGACACUUUACCAUCAGUCUCCAGCUUCCCAAUGUAACUGAGGUAUGAGGGUUUAUCUGCUGUCUGGAGGUUAGGCAACGGCUUGGGUGGUAGUGGGACAGCAGGGUUUCAGGAAGGCCUCCCAUCUCUUCCCUGCCUGCCGAGACAGGGAUUUUACACCCUCCUUUUCGAAGGUGGUCUUGACUGCUUUGUGCACUUCUUUAUAACUACUUUUUAAAAAGUGGUUAGGAGAGCAAUUUAUUUUUGAGAUGCCCUCCUAGUCAUUUACCGAAUAGAAUAAUUGGGUGUUUACAUGAAGGUGGAAGCCUUCUGAUUGGCUCUCCAAAUUUAAGAACUGAUCUGAAGCUCUUAAUUGGACAGGAAACCCACCUCCAUGACAGUUAAGGCCCAUACCCUUCCCACCUGUGCCAUGGGGUUUUCACUUGAGAACAAAACCACCUGUAUGUGAAAACACAUCCACAAGUAUGAAAAUGCAGACAUAAAACUGAGCGCACAAAUUAACCCUUCAUGUUUAGGCAGAGAUCGACAUUUGAUUAAUCUAUUCUUCAGGUACCUUUCACAGCCUCAGGAUAAUGAAAAGUACAAAGUUAGCUCCCACAAACAGUGAUAAUUUAAUGACCAGAUAAUCACUUUUUGCUGAUUGAAAGAGAAAUAUUGCUUAGGCUUCAUAGUUUAAGUUAAUUAAUUGACAACUGCCUUCAAUCUUUUCUCCAGAUAAUUGAUUACAUGAAUGAGCAUGUCAUUUUAAACCUUCAACAAAUAUUAAUUAGAGAUCAGAUUUUUUUAUUCUAGAAGUAGCUAUAUCUCACCUGUAAAUUCUGAGCUAUCCAUAGGCAGGUUCAGCAUAGUUAUCCCAGAAGGUGUCAUCAGUAAGAGCUCCAACAGUUAACCAAAUUCCACUGUGACCUUGUUAUCUGUUUCUGUCUCAGGAUCAGCUUGGCCAGGCUUUCAGAAGGCUCUGUGUUCUUCAGUGUGCAGUUUGUUGACAUAGGGGCUGGAGGAGGAAAUGUUGAGAUCCAGUCCAUGGGGACAGUUGCAACAACAGCUGAAUGGGCAAAACCAGUUUUUAAGGGGAAAGAGUCUCCAGUGAGUCCUGUGGCGAACUUCCUUCUAACCAGGUGGUGAAGUCAAGUAUUUGCAAAGGUGGGGAGAGAUUUCCCUGACCCUGACAGUCCCAUCAGCCUCUCUUUCCUUGAGGCCUUCCCCUCCACCUCAAACACCUCCAUCACCAUCCUCAUCUCCUCCCCCUCACCAGUCUUGUUUGCAUGUGUUGAAGUAUAAGCAAGGCACAGGAUAGGGAAAAUGUAAUUGUCUGGUUUUAGUCACAGAUCUGUUAGUGGGUGCUCUCAGUUUAGCUACACUCUGAUUCCCGACCUGUACCAUGACUGCUUUGGAAUCACAGUUCAAUAAAAUCUCCUCCUCACUGAUACUAAAAGAAUGGGGCAUUUACCAGGGACUUUGGUUGCGUUCUGUUUCACUGUCCAAUGCAACAGGCUUGAUGUGACAAUGCUGUAUGCCCAUGGCGGGCUAUCACUGAAUAGGAACAAUGCUGAAAGGAGCUACCUCAGAAAUUAGCCUAGGCUGAGUAUGGUAAUACGUUUAGUGGAAUUUAUUCCAGUGUUUGCCUUCCAAUAAAUUAAAUUUUUGAGCAUUGGAAGUCUGAUGUUGAGAGAUGAAGACUAGUUGGCUCUCUUCAUGUUACUUGUGGGAUCUUGCUGUGUACAGACCAGUUACUAUGUUUUCUGCAUUGCAACUGUGAAAGCCCUUCAGAACAACUUAACUGGCUGCAAGUGAUUUGGAAUGACCUGAUGCUGUGAAAUGUGCCAUACAAAUACCAUUUUUCCCCCUUGACUAUGAAAGGAGCAUUCCCUUCCACUACAAUGAAUGACUUGGACCUUUAUAAGGCCAUGCUGAGAAUGAGUUUUCUUAAACCUGCUGCAGGUUUGUUACUUAUCCUGAAAUUUAACUCGAUGCUAUUGUGCUGUACAUAGUGACUGAAUAGCCUAGUUCAGUUGUGUGAAUCUAAAUCCAUUUCAGGAUCAAUAUCAUGUAUAACAAUGCAACAUAUUGCAAAUCAAGUCCAUAAACUAGAAACUACAAUCCUCUUUCCUUUUAUGAACAUAUUUAUAUUUCAUUUUGUUAAAACUGAGAUCCAGACUGUGUGCUAAUGCUGAUCACUGCUCUGUUACUCUGGACUCUCCUGCUUUUCCUUAGGAUUAUUUUUCCUAAAGCAUUUAACUGGCAUUGUACUUAAUUUUAUUCAAGGUUUUUUCCCAGUGCUGGCAAGUUUGAUGGAGAUGGUAAUGGAGUACAGGUGCUGGGCACCAUUUUGUUUUGAGUACUGACCACUAAUUUUGAUUUACAGCCUUGCAUUUUGCUCUUUUUGAGCUCUCCUGUCACGUCCACACUUCUUUCCUCAGCCUGGAAGGUGGGAUGGAUCCAGGCUGAAGCUCUCUCCACAUCUGCUCUCUGUACAGGAGCCAAGAGGAAAUGGUAGUUGAUGAGCAAACAGAAAAGCUACCCUGUAAAUGCCAUUCACCACCCCCUCCCCCCAUCCCCAACUCUGCACCCACCCUGCUAUGGAAUGUUCCGGCACAGCCCAAGCCAGAAUAAAACUCCGAAACCAUUUCUGUACUUUUAUUGUUAUUCAAAUCCUGGCCUAGUUCUGUGAAAUGGGAAGCAGCAAUUUAAUAAAGACUGAUCUGGAGGGAUUUUCGAUCUGGCUCCUUCACACUGUGUGCAUUGUGAGACUGAAUCCAGAUAAACAAGUCAUUCUUGAACAUCUUCCCGAUGAAGGUCCCACACUGCACAGAGUGUGUGCAGUCACUGUCACACAGCUCAGUCUGAGGAGCAGCAUCUCAUUAGGUUUGGCCUCAGCAUUGCUCAUGUAACCUCAGUAUAACUAUUGCCAACAGAAUUGUACUGGCCUCCAACACAAUGUAAUGUGAACAAAAAAAACAAUGAUGGCAGCAGUGGUAGGAAACACUUACCGAGCAAAGCAUCAAAUAUUUAUUUGAAGUUCUCUUUAGAAAUUCCAAUUCUCUUCAGAAAUAAUAAGCUGUCUGCUUAUAAUCAAGAGGCUGGAUUUGAUUGGAAUAAGCAUCUCAAAGUUCAAUUAAAUGUGUCCACUCAGGUAGAACCCACCAUUCUCCAGUAUCCCCAAACGGGUCUGACUUUGCAUCUUUUCAGGGGUGUCUAAGCAGUGCUGGGAUAUCGAUGACAUUGUGAGCCAAUGAAUUCAGUAUUUGAAUGAUGGCCACUUUAACUGGUUUGGACCUGAAUCUUGCCUGUCACAUGCAGCAGCUGAAUGGGACCCUGACCAAGCUGGUGGCUGCACAAGGCAUGAUGUUCUGACCAGAGGAUUGUAUGUCUUUCAUUGCUAAAAUUUGUGACAUGUCCCCUCAGAGAGUGAAGACCCCUUACUGGUGACAGGUCGUGAACUCUGUGACCUGCUUAUUCACCAUAAUGUAUUAAAGUGUUUGAAACUGAAAAUACAGAUCUCUAAUAUUUUUAUAUUUUAUUGAAUAUGUGCAAUUUUACUGAUUCCAUUCUGAUAAUUCUUUAUAAACAACUAUAACCUCUAAUAAAAACA